CCAGCGAGCAUUAACUGCUUCCACAUCUAUCAAACUCCGAUCCAACAUUUAAAGUUCCUUCAUGCAUGGCAUCUAGUACGUACGUUAUAUAAGCCCAUGCUCUUUCAUAUAUUUAUAUCCCUACAACUAGAGUAGUAGUAGAGUAGCAAUGGGAGAGGGAGAAGAAAAGGAAGACGUAACAGUGACAUGGCAGAAUUUGUGGGUUACUGUUGCAGAUGGAAACAAAAGGAAACCAAUUCUGCAGGGUCUCACCGGUUAUGCUCAACCGGGGAAGCUUUUGGCCAUAAUGGGUCCUUCUGGCUGUGGCAAAUCCACACUUCUUGAUGCCUUAUCAGGGAGAUUAAGCUCUAGCGUCAAACAGACCGGUAAAAUUUUAAUCAAUGGCCACAAACAAGCACUGGCUUAUGGAACUUCGGGAUAUGUAACACAAGAUGAUGCUAUGCUGUCAACUUUGACCGCUGGGGAAACUUUAUACUACUCAGCUCAGCUCCAGUUUCCAGAUUCCAUGUCCACUUCUGAGAAGAAGGAACGAGCUGAUAUAACACUGAGGGAAAUGGGACUCCAAGAUGCCAUUGACACAAGGGUUGGAGGAUGGGGUUCUAAAGGCCUAAGUGGUGGACAAAAGAGGAGACUCAGCAUCUGCAUUGAGAUCCUAACACGCCCAAAGCUUCUGUUUCUUGAUGAACCAACAAGUGGACUUGAUAGUGCAGCUUCCUAUUAUGUCAUGAAAAGAAUUGCAAGCCUAAGCCUAAGGGAUGGCAUCCAAAGAACUAUUGUUGCUUCAAUCCAUCAACCUAGUAGUGAAGUCUUUGAACUCUUCCAUGAUCUCUGUCUUCUGUCUUCUGGUCAAGCAGUAUAUUUUGGUCAAGCGUCUCAUGCUAAUCAGUUUUUUUCUUCAAAUGGCUUUCCUUGCCCAGCUCUCCACAAUCCCUCUGAUCAUUACUUAAGGAUCAUAAACAAAGAUUUUGACCAAGAUGUUGAAGAAGGUUUUGGAUUCGGAGUUACUGCUGAAGUAGCAAUUGACAUCCUUGUAAAGUCUUAUGGGUCAUCUGAGAUUAAAAACCAAGUUAAUAAUGUAGUGGCAACAAUAACUGAAAGUGUAAGUUCAUGUUACAUUCCUUACCUAUAUCUCUAUGCCAAAUAUGAAAAACUAACCUUUGCAUACCUACAGAAUUCAGGAGCAGUUGGGAAGAAGAGGGUCAAUGCCACAUUCCUCACUCAGUGCCUCGUUCUUAUGAGAAGAUCUUCGCUGCGAUUGUUUCGCGACUUGAGCAAUUACUGGUUGCUUCUUGUUGUCUUUAUUGCAGUAGCUAUUAGCAUGGGUUCCAUGUUCUAUAACAUUGGCUCAAGUAAUGGAUCAAUUCAAGGAAGAGGGUCUCUGCUUACUUUUUUGAUAUCAACUCUGGCUUUCAUGGCUCUUAUUGGUGGAUUCGCUCCAUUAAUGGAGGAAAUGAGGGUAUUUGAAAGAGAGAGACUAAAUGGUCACUAUGGUAUUAUUGCUUUUCUCACAGGCAAAAUAUUCUCAGCACUUCCAUAUAUGCUAAUGAUUUGUCUAAUUCCUGGAGGAAUAAUAUAUUACCUCUCAGGGCUGCAGAGAGGUUUAGAACACUUUGUGUACUUUGCUUCUGUUCUGUUUGCCAUUGUGCUUUGGGUUGAGAGCCUCAUGAUGGUUGUGGGGAGUAUGUUCCCCAAUUUCGUAACCGGCAUGAGCAUUGCCGGCGGAAUUCAAGGACUAACCAUCUUAACUGGUGGAUUCUACAGGCUGCCAAACGAUCUUCCAAAACCAUUUUGGAAAUACCCCUUUUACUACCUUUCAUUCCUUAAGUAUGCUUUCCAAGGAUCUUUCAAGAAUGAAUUUGAAGGCUUAAAAUUUUCCAUGGAACAAGGUGGAAGUGCAAAAACCAUUGUUAGUGGUAGAGACAUUUUGACAAACACAUGGCAGGUGGAAAUGGGGCAUUCCAAGUGGGUUGAUCUUGCCAUCAUGUUUGGGAUGAUUCUUGUUUAUAGGGUUGUGUAUUUGGCUAUUACAAAAAGCAAGGAGAAGUUGAAACCUCUUGCUGCUUCCAUUAACAAUCACCCAACAAAAGUUUUCACGAGAGAGAUUAGAAUUAAUGAUAGAGCAAGCCCUGUAUCUGAAAACCAUGCUAUCUUAGAAUAAGCUACUUGUGCUUGAGUUCAACCUAUCUUGCUCAAGUAAAUAAGCCUUUCGUUCUCAAUGUUUCAUUAUGUUAUAUCAUAUUUUUGUCAACAUAACAACGAUUUAGCUUCUCUUUCUCUUAA